AUCAUGCAGAGAGAUUUUAUUUCUCGCUGUCGUCGUUGAACUUAACGAACCAUCAUCACAGUCUGAUGAGUGUGUAUUUAAUAUAGUGUAUAGACUUGUGCCAUUAGAUUAUCUGUGCUAAAUUCUUUUCGUCCCUUUCGUCACUUAAAAGGGUCAUUGCGAGCGGCGCACUUAACUCUGUACAGAUAAAUAUAUCUUUCGUUAAAAUCUCGGAACUUCCCUUAAUUUACAUUUAUAUAGAUAAUUUUCUCAGUUUAAACUAAAAAAAAAAAAACACAUCAAAAUGUCAACUGUCGACAAAGAGGAAUUGGUCCAAAAGGCUAAAUUGGCUGAACAAUCCGAAAGGUAUGAUGACAUGGCUCAAGCUAUGAAAUCUGUCACAGAAACUGGUGUCGAACUGUCUAAUGAAGAGAGAAAUCUUCUUUCAGUUGCAUACAAAAAUGUUGUUGGUGCCCGCAGAUCAUCUUGGAGAGUAAUUUCUUCAAUUGAACAAAAAACGGAAGCAUCCGCCAGAAAACAACAGCUCGCCCGAGAAUACAGAGAGCGCGUGGAGAAGGAGCUCAGAGAAAUAUGUUACGAGGUUUUGGGUCUUUUAGAUAAAUAUCUCAUCCCCAAAGCCAGUAAUCCAGAAAGUAAGGUGUUUUACCUAAAAAUGAAGGGAGAUUAUUACAGGUAUUUAGCUGAAGUGGCUACAGGAGAUGCGCGCAAUACUGUGGUCGAAGAUUCUCAAAAGGCAUAUCAGGAGGCAUUUGAUAUCGCUAAAUCGAAAAUGCAACCAACGCAUCCAAUCAGAUUAGGCCUCGCACUCAACUUCUCGGUCUUCUAUUAUGAAAUUAUUAAUUCACCAGCGAGGGCUUGUCACUUAGCAAAACAGGCGUUCGAUGACGCGAUAGCUGAGCUAGACACUCUUAAUGAAGAUUCAUACAAAGACUCAACACUUAUCAUGCAAUUGUUGAGAGACAACCUCACUUUAUGGACAUCGGACACGCAGGGGGAUGCUGAUGAACCACAGGAAGGUGGUGACAACUAACCAAACUAAAUGUUCCCUUUUGACUAUGCAAAUAUAAUAUAAAAAAAAAAACAAACAAUUAAAAUACAAAAUAAAAACAAACAAAAUCAUAAAAAAAAAACAUAAAAA